UCUGGAGCUUGGAGGAAGUGAGACGGGGCUGGGAGCAAAUGUCCCCUCCCUUCCCCUCCUUUCCUGAGUCCGGGGUCAUCCUGGACUGUGUGCAUUCAGUGGACACAGACAAAACCCAGGGACUCCCACAAGCCUCAGGCCACAUGCUCUGCUUCCUGAGCUCCAGUUCUGAUCUCACCCUGCUGGGCCUAUGGGGGACUGUGGAUGCUGAGCUGGGGUGCGGCAGGACCGGGUAACACUCCGAAUCUUCUGCAGGAGCUGUUCAAGACGUUGGUGCCCACCCACUGCCUCGGCUCCAUCUGGUCUGAGCGCGACAACAGGGAACGCGAGUCCCUGGCACCCACCGUCCGUGACACUGUGAUGCACGACAACACCGUGGCCAAUUGCAUCCUCGUCACCUGCCUUGGGGACGCGAGCAUGACAGCGCAGGACAGGGCCAGGGUGGUUGAGCUGUGGAUCAGGGUGGCUGAGGAGUGCCGAGGCCUCGGGAACUUCUGUUCCCUCCACACAAUCCUUUCUGCCCUGCAGAGCCCUGCCAUUGCCCGUCUCCAAGACACCUGGGAACAAGUUUCCAGCAACAGAAGCCUCUAUGCAGCUGAAACCAACACUGUUCCAAGGAGAUCUGUUUGGGACAUCUGGGAAUGGAGGCCCCAAGGGACAAGAGGAGAGGUCCCUCUACAGUCCCAUGGGGACCUCAGAGCUCAGAGCACCCCAGCAAAAUCCCUCAUCCAGGCCCCAGGCA